GAGAGAGAGAGAGAGAGAGAGAGAGAGAGAUGGCACAAACUGACAGCCAAAGUUCAACGUUCCCUGAUAUAGUGGAGCUAAACGUGGGUGGCCAGGUGUAUGUGACCCGACUUGAAACUCUCACGGCGGUGCCCAACUCUCUCCUGUGGGCCAAGUUCACCCAGAGCUCCCCGGGCGACCUGCCAAAAGACGGUAAGGGCCGCUUCUUCUUCGACCGCGACGGCUUUCUCUUCCGCUAUAUUUUGGAUUAUUUGCGGGACACUGAGCUUUUCCUGCCCGAGUUUUUUAAAGAGCGGAGGAGGCUGCAGAGAGAAUCAGACUUCUUCCAGCUCCCGGAGCUGUCGAGGCGCCUGGCCGCGGUCAGCAAACAGAGCUCAUACACGGAGGAGAGCGGGGAGCCGGAGGAGGCUGAGCUCAGCAGCCCGGUCACCUCCUCCUCGGACAGGAGCCUGCGCUCUCCUGGGGUCAAAGCCGGCUACAUCACCAUCGGGUACAGAGGCAGCUACACUAUCGGGAGGGACAUCCAGGCGGACGCUAAAUUCCGCAGGGUGGCCAGAAUAACCGUCUGCAGCAAGAUCUCUCUUGCUAAAGAGGUUUUUGGAGAAACCCUGAAUGAGAGCCGCGACCCGGACCGCCCGCCUGACAAAUAUACCGCCAGGUAUUACCUCAAGUAUAACUUCCUGGAGCAGGCGUUUGACCGGCUGGCCGAGGCUGGUUUUAGCAUGGUGGCAUGCAACUCCACUGGGACUUGCUCAUACGCCGGUAAUGACCCGGGGGAAGACAAACUGUGGACCAGUUACACAGAGUAUGUUUUCUCCCGAUAAACGAACUGAAAACUGCUAUGUGGAUGCAAAGCGUGCAUUCAAGCUCACGACUUGUUUUAACAACUUUAACGCUUGGCGCUAUCGUUUUUUACUUUAAUUAACUUCCCCAAAACUGGCGUUUACUGUUAGUUUUAGUUUCUUGGGUUUUUGUCCCUAUCUGCUCUUUGCAGUGGGAUCAGCCAGAGUUUCACUUUUCUGCCAUUUUCUGCAAGAAGACUCUAAACACAAACAGGCUGGCUUCCAUAUCAUUGGUUUGUGUCGAGUAAAGAUAAAUCCCACUCCUUUGGGCUUUUUGUGUUGCCUAACGUUAGUUGGCCUUAUAACCUUCAUGAUUUUAACGGACAGUUUUUUUCUUAAGUAAACUGCAUAAAUAAUACCCCAGGUUGGCAGAAUUGUUAGAAACUGGCUUAUUUAGUAAGUAACCUACUGUUUAAAUAGGGUAUUGAUGGAUAAGGAAGGCAGUAAGUUGCAUCCUCGAUAUGAUACUUCAAAUGUUUUUUUUCUCGAUUAUAUCAACAACACAGGCUCUCACAGCUUUCAAGAUUACACAUGGGUAGGCUAUGUCUUUACAAAAUAUUAUGUGCCAUCUAUGAGCUGUUGUCAUUGUUUCUCUCUCUUAUAUCUCUUAGAUAUAAUGACAAAUAAAGUGUGACAUUAUAAC